AUUGAGGACCUGAAUAUUAAACCACACAAUCUUCAUUCUCACACGUACAAAUCUCCACAUUUUUGUGAUCUUUGUGGUGAAAUGCUUUUUGGACUGAUCAAACAGGGACUCAAAUGUGAUGGCUGUCACAUGAAUUUUCACAAGAGAUGUUCCGACAAAAUUCCAAACAAUUGCAACAAUUUAAAAUUUCUACAGCAUUCAUCUGGAAGCUCUGAUCAAGAGGCAAUGGAAACAGAUGAAAAUCAAACUACAUUGGCAAAAACAAUCAGCACUUCAACGAAAAGUAGUUCCCGAAGUCAGAAAAAUCGAUCAAAGUCAUGGAAUGGUCGUCCUCUAUGGAUGGAAAAAGAAUAUGCAAGCAGGAUCAAGGUGCCUCACACGUUCGUUGCACAUACCUACACCAGACCCACUGUCUGCCAACAUUGUAAGAAACUGCUGAAGGGAUUCAUUAGGCAGGGGAUGCAGUGCAAAAAUUGCAAGUUCAAUUGUCAUGCCAGAUGCACCUCACUGACGCCUGUCAAUUGUCCUGGAGAGAUCCAACGAAGUUAG